AUGUCGCUCUUCCGAAAACCAAAGAAAAUUCAGCGGCGUGUGUUUAGCACUUUGGAUGACGAAGAAAAUGCAGCAGAUACAAUGGAAAUGGACAUUGAUAGAGAACAACCGGUGCAGAUUAAUAAAAAGAAUAAAGAUGGCGGUAGCAAAAAAUCCGCUAGUAAAGUAGAAAAAGUCGAGGAGCAGAAACCUAAAGCGCUUUUAAGUUUUGCAGACGACGAGGAGGAUACGGAGGUAUUUCAAGUUCGCAAAUCAUCAAACAGCAAAAAAAUUAUGCGAAUGCUGGAUCGCGAGCGGCGCAGAAAACGAAAAGAGGAACGCCAAAGUUCACAGUCUACGGCAGGUUCUAGUUUCGGUGUUACCGGUGGCAGCUCGACAAGUAGACAACGCGAUCGGCAGCAAUCGCAUGACCGUAUCGAUAAUGGAAGAUCUACUGGUGGCAGCAGCAAUAAUAUUUCUUACAAUUUAGGUUCAGCAACAACCUCUAGCAAUAAAUAUAAGGGUACAACCACGCUGGCAACCAUGGGCGGAAAAGCCGUAGGCAUUGCCUCAGCAUCUGCUGCUGAGCAGUGUAAAAGUAAAAAAUCUGAUAGUAUCCAAACAGAAAUACGCACAGACGACUUUGUGCUCGUUGUUAAAAAAUCUGAGCCUGAUGUUAUUCUUAAUGGACGCGCCGCAAUAUGUGCAGGCCGCAACGAUAUGUCGGAUGAGGAUGAGCCAGAAGAGGAAGAAGAUGAUCCUGAUGACAAACAUCGUUUCUCUAAGCCUGAACACUUGAAACAAAUGUUAGAAAGUGGUUCUAUACCGGAUGCGGCCAUGAUACACGCAGCGCGAAAACGUCGUCAAAAGGCUAGAGAGCAGGGCGACUUUAUACCCGUCGAAGAACCGAAAGAGCCAGUUAAGAAGGGCAGUCGAUUGGCGCGCGAGGAUGUAGAAGGAGAUAAUUCGGAUGAUGAAGAACGAAUGGACAUGACAGUCGCAACUGGCAAAAAGGAGCGUGAGGAACGACGUGAACAAUUUUACGCGGUGGAAAACAACGAUUAUACUGAUGAGGAUUCCGAUCGAGAAAUGCAUGAAUGGGAAAAUCAACAAAUACGUAAAGGCGUGACUGGUGCGCAACUGGUGAGUGCUCAACAUGAUGCAGUACUCUCGCGGUUUAUGAUUAAGCCUACCGGUACGAAUGCGUUGGAAUAUGCGCCAGAACAACAAUCCACAUCAACACUGCUGGAGCAAGCAUAUGCAAAGAGCGCACUACAGAAGCCACAGCAAAUAUUGAGUGGAGCAACGAAGACAAAAAAGGAGAAGAGCAAAGCAGUAUCAUUACGCACACCAAAUGAAAUACACGAUGCUAUACAAACGCGUUUGAUGAAGUUGCGUGAGGUUAACGAAAAACAUAUGUCGGAUAUCGAACGUAUUGCGAACGAGUUAAAGGUGCUAAAACUUGAAGAAUUGGAUUGCACACAGAAGGCACCAACGGCGGCGGCAAAAUAUCGUUUCUAUCAAGAGUUGAAGUGCUAUGCUGCGGAUUUGAUCGACUGUUUGACUGAGAAGACCCCGACAAUUAAUGAAUUAGAGAAACGCAGUUUACAUGUAUUUUCAAAACAUCAGAAUUUCCUCAUCGAACGCCGCCGACAAGAUAUACGCGAUCAAGCUAAAGAAAUGGCGGAGGCAUCAAAACCUGCAGGUUCACGCCGUGGCCCCGAAUCGGAGGAACAGGUACGCCGCGCUGCAGAGCGUGAAGGUAGACGUACACGCCGACGUUGUGAUCGUGAGAAAAAUGAACUUCUCAUUUCGCAUUUAGACGGCAUGUCCAGCGACGAUGAAACAUCGGACCGAUACCAAGAACAAUUACAAAGUAAUUUAGAGCAAAUUCAUAAAGAGGCAGAGGCAAUAUUCAAUGAUGUAAACGAUGACUUUUAUAAAGUCGAACUAAUUUUAAUGAAAUUCUAUGCUUGGCGCAAAACCGACAUGAAUUCUUACAAAGAUGCAUUUGUUAGUCUCUGCUUGCCGAAGAUUUUGGGGCCUCUAGUACGAUUUGAAAUGUUAUCCUGGUCACCACUGCUAGAAGAAUACAAAGAUAUUGAAAAAAUGCAUUGGUAUUCAGCUUGCAUGCUUUACGCUUGGAGUGAGGAUGAAACCGAGACGUCUCUACGGCUCGAUGUUGAUGUUAGUUUAGUACCGACAAUCAUUGAGAAAAUUAUAUUACCCAAAGUUACUGAUAUAGUCAAUCAAUGCUGGGAUCCACUAUCGACAACACAAACAUUGCGUUUAAUUGGCUUUAUAAACCGCUUGGGUCGCGAUUUCCCACUGAAAGAUACUUCAAAGCAGUUACAGCAGUUGUUUGAAAAGAUUUUAGAAAAAAUGAAAUUAGCAUUAGAGAAUGACGUCUUUAUACCAAUUUUUCCUAAGCAAGUACAAGAGGCCAAGACUUCUUUCUUCCAACGCCAAUUCUGUAGUGGUCUGAAAUUAUUUCGAAAUUUUCUUAGCUGGCAGGGCAUUGUUGCGGAUAAACCUUUGCGUGAACUAGCAAUAGGUUCAUUGCUAAACCGUUAUUUACUACUGGCUAUGAGGGUGUGCACAGCCAAUGAUGCGAUAAGUAAAGCUUAUAUAAUUGUUAAUACAUUACCAACCGUAUGGCUACAGCCGGAAUCGGAAACGCUGCAAAAUUUGCAAUUACUAAUUACCUACAUCAAGCAGACUUUGGACGCAUUCGAUGCAAAGAAUCCGCUUUUCAUGCAAACCUGCGACAAGGCCAAGCAAAUUCUGCAACGGCUACAUAGCUAUUAGUUCGCACAUGACUUGGUACUUAUACUCAAAUUAUACAACAGCAGCGCGCCGUUAUUCACUUGAAUACGACUUUCGUUUGCAGUUUGUUUCCUUUUGGAAUACGUUAUGUAUAUAGUUUAUGUAGUUGGCCUAGCUAUAUAAUUGUAGAUGUUUAAUUAAAUAGCUGUAAGCACUUUUUCAGACUCCAUAGAGUUUCAAAUAAAAAUAAUACAUUGUGACAUAAAAACU